UUUUCUUUUUCUUCUUCUUCUUCUUCUUCUUCUUCCUGGGAAGGUAAGCAAAGCUGGCCGUGGGGUCUUAUAAGUACCUAGCUUCCAUCCUACCUCUCUUCACAUCCUCCGUUCAUCUUUGAAGAUCGAUCGACUCUGUUCUUUAUUUCGCUUUCUUUAUUAUCAUUACUUAAUUAUUUAACUAAUUUAUACCACUGUGGCUUGUCUGUGUACACCCCCUGCCCUUCCAUCUUCUUCUUCUUCUUCAACACCCCCCCCCGCCCCCCCACCUCUGCCAAAGGUAAAAUCUGUCGUCGACGAUCGAUGCAUCCAUAUGUCUAUAUCUAUGUAUCUUUCACGCUUCAUGCAUGUUUCAACUUUUGAUCCCCAGUUUCUUAAUUAAUUUCUAGCUCACUUUAAUAAUUAGUUUAAUUAAGAAGACACAGCUACACUGCUACGCCCCCACCCCCCGUAUACUUUCUAUCCAUCUUCUUCGUUAACCAUUUCUUCCAUUUUCUUUUUUAUUAUAAUCUUUACUACUACUCCCACUGCUACUGCACACGCACACGAGCUAUGUGUAUAUAUAUAAAUAUGUUAAGCUUCUGUAAGUGGAUCUAACACUAGCACUAGACACACUUGACACCCCGAGAGUACGAUUGGAGAGUUAGGCCUGAACGCAAUGCAAAGCACAUGGUUGGUGAUGGAUGGCAGCAUUCCCCCACCAACCCACCAACCCUUCCCCCCAUUAUCCAAUAGACAUUCUUCAUUUCUUCUUCCUCCCCUGUUCCUUGUUCAUCGAUCAUACGUCUCUACCUGCACCAGAUUAAUAUAAGGCCCCACCUCUCAACCAAACUCCAAAGUCAUAUGUAUCCUUCCUUAUCCAUAGACCGCUUCCGACACAAGCCAAUGUCUGUACGUCUUUAUACAGAAAUGUCCUGACUCCUGAUCCAUUCUACCCGCAUCCAUCCCUAUUUUUCACUUCCCUUAAUUCGCAUCCCAAAGUAUGUGAAUUCUGAGUUCCUCUGGAUUUUACCCUUUUCACAGUGUGAGUUGUUGCGGUGGUUCUGUUUAAAUAUCCGUAGUGACCAUCUUUUUUAGAUCCAUCUUCUCUGCCCUGUUUUUAAAAAAUCUCUGUAAGUUUGGACUUCUUCUUCUUCUUCUUCUUCAUGUUCAUGAGGUUCUUAGUGGGAUGAUCACAGGAUGUCAUUUGCUUUCAUCCAUAGAAAGUUCUAGAAAUCGACCAUUUGUUCAUGUAAAUGAUGAAUCAAACACGAUCUGGUUGCCUUGUCUGUAGGCGCUAACAUUGCACUCUUUAUAACGCGCAGAUCAGGACUGGGUUUGGCUAUUUUCUUCGUUUUGACUAGUUUUCUUCCUUUGGGGGCGCCGUUUUUUCUGAUCAUGUUUCCCUUACAACCUGUUUUGUCUGAAUGUGUUUCGUCAUCCUGUUCAUCUUCAAUUUUCUUGUUGAGAAUGUUCUGAACUUUCUCCUCCUGUUUUUCUUUCCUUUGUUUGUUUUUUUUAUUUUUUCGUGAACCUUGAUUCUGUGCUGAGGUUCGUUUGUACUGUAAUUUCUGCCUGUCAAAGUUCAGCAGAUCUUAUAAUAUUUCUAAUAAGCGUGAUCCAUUGCCAAAGUCGAAUUCAACUAUAAAUUAUAUUUAAUAUUAAUAUAUUUACAUUGCAUGGGGUGGUAGAUGUUGAAAAUUUUGCCCUUCUAGAUGAUGUAUCAGUCUUACACAAACUUUCUUCUUUUAUCCAAGAAAAUUGCUUUUCUGAGACUUAGCUAAGAAUUCGCAGAGAAGCCAUGGCAGAACGUGCUCUGACUCGUGUUCACAGCCUCCGUGAGCGUCUGGAUGAAACUCUGUUUGAUCAUCGCAAUGAAAUACUAAUGCUUCUUGCCAGAAUUGAAAGCCAUGGAAAAGGGAUUUUACAGCCCCAUCAUCUUCUAGCCGAGCUUGAAGCAAUUCCCAAAGGGGAGAGGCAGAAAUUGACUGAAGGUGCAUUUGGAGAAGUCUUAAGAUCCACACAGGAAGCUAUUGUUUUGCCUCCAUGGGUUGCACUUGCAGUCCGUCCACGGCCUGGUGUUUGGGAAUAUAUUCGUGUGAACAUUAAGGCACUCGUUGUUGAGCAGUUGCGGGUGGCUGAGUAUUUACAUUUCAAAGAAGAACUUGUAGAUGGAAGUUCCAAUGGCAACUUUGUGCUGGAGUUGGAUUUUGAGCCAUUCACUGCUUCUUUCCCUAAGCCGACUCUCUCUAAAUCAAUUGGGAAUGGUGUUGAGUUUCUCAACCGACACCUGUCUGCAAAAAUGUUCCAUGACAAGGAAAGCAUGCAUCCGCUUCUUGAUUUUCUCCGAGCCCACAACCACAAGGGAAAGGCAAUGAUGCUGAAUGAUAGAAUACAGAACCUAAAUUCUCUUCAAUCUGUUUUGAGAAAGGCAGAAGAGUAUUUGUCUGCACACGCUCCGGAUACGCCAUACUCUGAAUUUGACCACAAGUUCCAAGAGAUUGGUUUGGAGAGGGGGUGGGGUGAUACUGCUGAGCGUGUGUUGGAGAUGAUCCAUCUGCUUCUGGAUCUUCUGGAGGCUCCUGAUCCAUGCACUCUUGAGACAUUUCUCGGGAGAAUUCCAAUGGUUUUCAAUGUCGUUAUUCUUUCUCCUCACGGUUACUUUGCCCAAGCUAAUGUUCUGGGCUACCCCGAUACUGGUGGCCAGGUUGUUUAUAUUUUGGAUCAAGUUCGUGCCCUGGAAAGUGAGAUGCUUCAACGUAUAAAGCAACAAGGCCUUGAUAUCACCCCUCGAAUCUUAAUAGUGACUCGGCUGCUCCCUGAUGCAGUGGGAACUACUUGCAACCAGCGGUUAGAAAAGGUUUUCGGAACGGAGCAUGCCUAUAUACUUCGAGUUCCCUUUAGAACUGAGAAGGGCAUGGUCCGUCAAUGGAUCUCAAGAUUUGAAGUAUGGCCAUACCUUGAGACUUUCACUGAGGAUGUUGCCAAUGAAGUUGCUGGAGAGCUGCAGGGCAAACCGGAUCUGAUCAUCGGCAAUUACAGUGAUGGAAACAUUGUAGCCUCUUUACUUGCACAUAAAUUAGGAGUUACACAGUGCACCAUUGCUCAUGCCCUUGAGAAAACGAAGUACCCAGAUUCUGACAUCUACUGGAAAAAUUUUGAGGAUAAGUACCACUUCUCAUGCCAGUUUACAGCUGACCUUUUUGCUAUGAACCAUACUGAUUUUAUUAUUACCAGCACAUUCCAAGAGAUUGCUGGAAGCAAGGACACUGUCGGUCAGUACGAGAGUCACACAGCUUUCACCCUCCCUGGGCUCUAUCGAGUUGUUCAUGGGAUUGAUGUCUUCGAUCCCAAGUUCAACAUUGUCUCCCCAGGGGCAGACAUGUCUAUCUAUUUCCCCUACACUGAUGAGAAGAGGCGACUAACUGCCCUCCACCCAGAAAUUGAGCAGCUUCUUUUCAGUGAUGCUGAGAAUGAAGAACAUCUAUGUGUGCUCAAAGACCGGAACAAGCCAAUUAUCUUUUCAAUGGCGAGGUUAGACCGUGUGAAGAACAUGACUGGACUUGUAGAGUGGUAUGGCAAGAAUGCCCAGCUUCGGGAGUUGGUGAAUCUUGUGGUGGUAGCUGGGGAUCGCAGGAAGGAGUCGAAGGACUUGGAAGAGAGAGAGGAGAUGAAGAAGAUGCAUGGGCUCAUAGAAACCUACAAGUUGAAUGGUCAGUUCAGGUGGAUUUCAUCCCAGAUGAACCGGGUGAGGAAUGGAGAACUCUACCGAUACAUUGCAGACACCAAGGGUGCUUUUGUGCAACCUGCAUUUUAUGAGGCUUUUGGAUUAACUGUUGUUGAGGCCAUGACCUGUGGGUUGCCAACAUUUGCAACUUGUCACGGUGGCCCUGCUGAGAUAAUAGUGCAUGGGAAGUCUGGUUUCCAUAUUGAUCCUUACCACGGUGAUCGGGCAGCUGAGCUCCUCGUCAACUUCUUCCAGAAAUGCAAGGAGGACCCAACACAUUGGGAUAACAUUUCAAAUGGAGGAUUGAAGCGCAUUCAUGAGAAAUAUACGUGGCAAAUUUACUCAGAGAGGCUCUUGACAUUGGCUGGGGUUUACGGAUUUUGGAAGUAUGUGUCAAACCUUGAUCGCCGUGAGGCUCGUCGCUAUCUUGAAAUGUUCUACGCCCUCAAGUAUCGCAAAUUGGCUGAAUCUGUUCCCCUGGCUGUCGAGUAAGAUGGAAAAACAACCGGGUUGGCGCAAGUGGAAGGUUUUUGCGCGAUGAAUAAUUGUCAUUGUUUUAGAUUUUGGGAAGAACAUAACAGGCUUUUUUAUUAUUAUUAUUUUUUAUUCCUAGAGUUUUUCUCUUCGUUUCUUUUCCCCCUCCUUGUAUGGCAGUGUUUGCCUACUCAAUAAUGUCGUGCUUUUUUCCCCUUUGUUUAAUUUCUCAUUUGUAGAAGAAGAUUGAAUAUUUGUCAACAAACAUUCUCAACCGUAGCAAUUGUUUCAAAGGUCUAAA